UACCCUUGCGCCUCCUCAUUCCCACCUACCCACCCCACUUCGAUCCUGACAUCUCAUGACGUCUAUCUAGGGAUUUUUUUCUUGUCGUCAUCAUUCUCAUGGCCUCGCAAAAGAUGUCCUCCGCCCUGGCGGAGAUCCAGUCCGGCAGUCCUCAAAGCAAGCUUCCCCGCUACGACAGCCUCCUCUCCGAUGUCGUGUCGAAUACCCCAGAAGACCAAAUCUCCGAUGAUCUCAUCUUCUACAUUGACUCUGUGCUCAACGAAGACAUCAGCAUCGUCGCCGCCCGCCCCAUCCUAGACUCAUUCAUCAGCCACCUCCGCAAACUCGACAGAGAGACACAAAUCAAAGUCGCCCAACACACCGUCAACCUCCUCCAGUCGCGCUCCACAUCGGUUGAAGAACAGGACGCUCAGCUCCGAGAGCUGCUGGCUGACGCAUACGAGGCAAACGAAGACUACAUCCUCGCCGCGCAAGCGCUGCGGGGGAUCCACAUCGACAGCUCGCAGCGGCUGGUGUCAGACGAUGCCAAAGCGCGACUGUGGGUCCGGAUCGUGCGGCUCUAUCUGGAGGAGGACGACACAUUGAGUGCGGAGGCGGUCCUAAACCGGAUCAAGAACCUUCCCAGCAAGAUCGAAGACCACGAGCUGAAGCUCCACUUCCGGCUAUCGCAGGCGCGCAUCCACGACUCGUACCGCCGCUUCCUAGAUGCCAGCCAGGAGUACUUCACCGUCAGUCUAGCAGCCGGCGUCGACGAGGCCGACCGGUUGGAGGCGCUGGCAGCGGCCAUCCGCUGCGCCGUACUGGGACCCGCGGGCCCGCAGCGCUCCCGCAUCCUGGCCACACUGUAUAAAGACGACCGCGCCACCUCGGUCGAAGAAUUUGGCAUCCUCGAGAAGAUGUUCCUCGACCGGUUGCUGAACCCCGACGAGGUCGCGGCCUUUUCGGAGCGACUGGCGCCCCACCAGCUGGCUCAGACCGCCGACGGCACCACCGUGCUGGACAAGGCUGUCGUCGAGCACAACCUCGUCGCCGCCAGUAAGCUGUACGAGAACAUCACGACCGAUGCCCUAGGCGCCAUCCUGGGCCUGCAGGCGAGCGGUGAAUUCAGCGCCGGGGAAAAGGCUGAGGCAUAUGCCGCGCGCAUGGUCGAGCAGGGCCGUCUGCGCGGGAGCAUCGACCAGAUCGACGGCGUCAUCUACUUUGAGUCGAGCACCGGUGGGACAGGUCGACACAUUCGGCAGUGGGAUGCCGGCGUACAGGGUCUAGCUGAGGAUGUGGAGAGAGUGGCGAGCAGCAUUACGGAUGCAUUUCCCGAUUUUGCCCCUGGCGGACAGCCUGUGCAAUAGACUAGCUUAUAACAUACGAAUCACGAAUGAACUGAAUUUGAGCGAUAGAUUGCUGCAUACACUAGGAGUACGACUGUACUGCACAGCAG